AGUAUAUAGAAUUUAAGCAUUCUCUCAGAAGUGUAUGGUAGAGCUAAAGAAGACAACCAACCAAGGGUCAUCUGAAAUUGUGAUUGGCUAAUAAUCCCAGGACAAAGUUAGAGAUCACUACUCAAGCAUAAGGCCUCUACAAAGAUGUUUGAUAUAAAGGCUUGGGCUGAGUAUGUUGUGGAAUGGGCUGCAAAGGACCCAUAUGGCUUCCUUACAACAGUUAUUCUGGCCCUAACUCCAUUGUUUCUAGCAAGUGCUGUACUGUCUUGGAAAUUGGCCAAGAUGAUUGAGGCCAGGGAAAAGGAGCAAAAGAAGAAACAAAAACGUCAAGAAAAUAUUGCAAAAGCUAAACGACUAAAAAAGGAUUGAAGGAAUGAACAGGCUCUGCAACCAGAGGAAAAUCAUCUGGAAAAUUAUGCAGCUUUGGAAGGACCCAUUAAGGUUUCUUUUCAGAUCUUAUGACAGUAUUAUUUAGUAAAUGAAGUCUGAGCAUGUGGAAGAAUCAUGUUAAUUCUCACCUGUACUAUAGCAGCUUUUAGGCUUCGGUGUAGAAGUCUGUUGACAGUCACUGUAAAUUGGCAUUUAUUAUGCUACAGAUUCUUUAUAACUGACUUAGUCAUUUGCCUUUUUGCAGCGUAUGUACUAAAGUGAAAACAUCCUGUGGAGAAAAAUGGCUUUAGAUUAUGGACUCUAUUCAAAUAAUGGCUUAAAAUGGGGUCCUGUUCUGGACAAAGGAGAUUAAGAAUGUAAAAAUCAGAAUUGUCCUGAGGUGAAAAGCAUGCUUUGGCUUAAAAGAGAUACAGUGUAUUAAUCACAU